AUGUUAAGGGUUGCUAGAUGUACAGAAAUUACUCCAUUUCUUAAGGAUCAAUUGGAGUAUGAAUUUUGGUCACAAAGCUCAAAUCCAUUGAUGGAUCAAAAUACCUUAGAAAUUCUAUAUCAUAGCGGAUUUCUAAAUGCUAUUCCAACAAAUGUAUUUAAUUUAAGUAAUCAAUUCUGGAAAUGUUUUCAAAAAUUAUUAGAAGAGAGCAAAAUAGGCUAUAAUGGAAAGAUACAAAUUUUGUCAAUUAUUGCAAAUGAUUUUGAAUACGAAGAACUUCAAAAAAAUCUCAAGUAG